AAAGGGCUCCAAGGCCUUGAAAUAGAAAUGCUUCCUUGCUUUUCACAUUUCAUAAUAACCACACAAACGUUGUUGCUAUACGACUCUGAACAAAAGAACUCUUGGAUUUUCAUUCCGCAUGUGAAAAAUUUUCAGAUUACGAGUGACCGGAACAAAGGUUAUCGACCUAAUUGAGGAACAUGCAGCCUCAACUGAUUUCAGUAAAAAGUUGAGCAUUCUGUCCCAACAUAAGAGGACAUAAGUGGUUAGCUCGCUUCUCUUUGUUGCUAUUAGCGACAACCGAAUAUUUUAACAAAGCAACUCUUCGCUUGGAUUCCUUAUGCCUUUGCUUUUCUUCUUAGCACAUUGUUGUCCUCAUCUUAACACAACUUAUUCUUCCUUCUGACUCAUAAAUGCCCUUGAACACUUCUCCGAAAUGUGUGGCUCUUUAAACUUUUUGUUAAUAGACCUUUGGAAUUUUCAUCUGAAAAUGGAUUUGUAGGAGGCUCGGUGGUGCACUGGGUAGCGUGUCCGCCUCACAGUUAGGAGGGUGCGGGUUCGAUUCCCCCUCCGGCCGUCCCUGUGUGGAGUUUGCAUGUUUUCCCCGUGUCAGCGUGGGUUUACUCUGGGCACUCUGGUUUCCUCCCACAUCCCCAAAACAUGCUUGGUAGGCCGAUUGAGCAAGCCAGAUUGUCCCGAGGUGCGAGUGCAAAUGGUUGUUUGUAUCUGCGUGCCCUGCGAAAUGGAUGGAUGGAUGGAAAAUGGAUUUGUUGCCUUUUGGAAUAAGAUUUUAACAAAACGCAGGGAAGGUAACGGGCUUUGUAUAGUUUACAUCCAAAGGAAAAAAAAAAAGAGUAAUAUUGAAAAAGCAUAUUGCUUGUGAUUGUUUUUCUGACUAGAUGCUCCUUUUUAAAAGUCAGAUCCUGGAUGACAUUUUUCUUUCCAGAAAGUGCACUCACUGCAGUCUCCCUUGUGACGCGCCCAUGCACGCGCACAGAAUGGGAUCCUAACACCUCCCACUUGACUAGAGCAGUGUCUCCUAGUUACAAGCAGAGAAUCUGCAACGACGACGGCAGUUGCGCUCAUGAUGCAACGUGGACUUGAGGUAACCGAAGCUGGUGACCGCUCGGGUUUGUCGCAGGUCUUGUGAGCACAAGACGAAAUCGUCCAAAGCAAAGCUGCCGUUUUCCCGACAUGGAGGCAGCGGUGGAGAACGCCAGCGUACCAUUUGAGGAACUUGCUCUCCUUCUACCGAACGCCACUAAUGUGACGGUGGCGGACGACGGGUCGGACCCCGGCGUGGAGGGCGUCCUGAUCCCGCUCAUCUACAUAAUCGUGUGUGUGAUCGGUCUGGGCGGGAACACGCUGGUCAUCCACAUCGUGCUGCAUCACUCCAAGACGGAGUCAGUGACCAACAUGUACAUCCUCAACCUGGCCAUUGCCGACGAGCUCUUCAUGCUGGGCCUGCCCUUCCUGGCCGUGCAGAACUCGCUGCAGGCGUGGCCCUUCGGCGCUUUCAUGUGCCGGCUGGUGAUGACGGUCGACUCCAUCAACCAGUUCACCAGCAUCUUCUGCCUGACGGUUAUGAGUGUGGACCGCUACCUGGCGGUGGGCCACCCCGUCCGCGCAGCCCGGUGGCGGCGCCCUCGCGUGGCCAAGGCAGUCAAUGGCACUGUGUGGGCGCUGUCCUUUCUGGUGGUCCUGCCCGUGGUGGUCUUCGCUAACAUCCAGAAGACGGGCGGCACCUGCAACAUCCUGUGGCCGGCUCCCGCCAAGGUGUGGAGGGCGGCCUUCAUCCUCUACACCUCCACACUGGGCUUCCUGUGCCCGCUGCUCAUCAUUUGCCUGUGCUACCUGCUCAUCGUCUUCAAAGUGCGCAGCUCGGCCAAGAAGGUCCACGCCGCCUCGGCCAAGCGCCGCAAGUCGGAACGCAAGGUGACGCGCAUGGUUGUGAUCGUGGUGGCCGUCUUCGUCCUGUGCUGGUUGCCCUUCUACGGGCUGAACAUGCUCAACCUACUGGUGGCGUUGCCUCCCGAGUAUCACGGUCUCUACUACUUUGUGGUGGUGCUGGGCUACGCCAACAGCUGCGCCAACCCUGUGGUCUACGGCUUCAUGUCGGACAACUUCAAGAGGGGCUUCCGCAAAGCCCUCUGCCGCGCCACCCGCAAGGUGGAAGACCACCAAGCCGUCCGCCCCCAGCCGUCACAGGAGGGGGGAAGGCGGGCACCGGUACCCCGGGAGAGCCUGAGGCGAGGACUUCGCGAAGACGACGACGACAACAUCUCAGAAAUGACGCAAGUCUUGCGAAUCCCUCAAAGUGCAACGACUGGCUGCCCGUCGCAAGGUUUGGAGCCUUUGCUGGCCGGCCUCGAGGCCUUUGAGCCGAAUGCCCGGGGACCCAUGCCAGAUCUCGGCGGGAGGGACGCCACUGGGAGGGACCUCGAGGUCUCACUAGCGACACCUUUGCUGGGAAAUGCUGCAAACGGGAGUGCAAAAACGAUGCCUGAUGACAACGUCGAGCACAGCAACUUGGAAGUCAUGAACUUGUAAUUUGAAGGCAGUGCAGUGAACAUCUUGUGAUUUGUCAAUAAGUGCUUUGGCUGGCAACCAGAACAGUUCAUCUAUAUUUGUCCCCACAUUGGCUGGCAAGAAUUUGUGUCCUGAAAUUGUUUGCCUUUCUCCUGUGUUCUCUGAGUGUUGUCGUAAAUGUGUCUGAAAUCCUGCAAGGUGAUUUCGUCUACGUUCAGGUGUUGGUCGUGAUGGUGGCUUGAGUGUGAUGUGACUCAUCCGUUUUGUGCCCGUGAGUCACUCGGUGACAAUAUGCACUCUUGUACCACUCUCACGCACUAAUUAAAAACUCUUACUGUG